CGUCAUAUCAUGGCUGCCAUAAAGCUUGAUCUUGGUUGCUUUUCUUACGAAAGAGUGCUUGGUUUUCUUUGAAAGUGGCGAUUUCUGUCAAUUUGUCUUUUAUUUACAUGUCGACAUGCUUUGUUCGGUAAAGUUUGUGUAAAUUGAUUUUAGUAGUGAUAUGGUGACAAUGUAUUCAAUUUAGGAGUUGCAAUUUUCUGCCAAAACAAAAUGAACGACGGUGAUUGGAUAUGUAGCGACCCGAAUUGUGGGAAUAUAAAUUUCGCACGACGAAAUUCUUGCUACCGUUGCAAUAAGGAAAGACCAAAUGCAGCAAAACCUUUUAAAAAGAAACUUGGUACUGAAAUUGGAAAGUCAGCUGCUGAAAAAUCCCGCGGACUUUUUAAUGCGGACGACUGGCAGUGUAACAAAUGCGCCAAUGUCAACUGGGCCCGGCGGCAGACUUGUAAUGUUUGUAAUGCGCCCAAAUUUGGAGAGGUUGAAGCCCGUACUGGUUACGGGGGAGGCUACAAUGAACGAGGUGUAGUCGAAUAUCGUAGAAGAGAAUCUUCUUCAGACGACGAAUAUGACGAAUUUGGGAGAAAGAAGCGAAAAACGAAGUCAGAAGAAAAGGUUGGCAUCACUGAAGGACCUGUAAACAAAAAGUUGCCAUCAACGAUGCUGCAGAAGGAAAUAAAUAUGGACAUUGUUAUGCCGGUACCAGUUUCGAAUAUAUCAUUACCAAUCAACAAUAUUCCUGAAAAAGUAAAUGGCAGUCUUAGUGAUGGUUCAGUAUGCGACUUUCCUCCACUCAACAGAAUGGCAUUAAAUCAGAAUCAAUUUCAAAAUCAACCUAAUUUUUACAGACAAGAAUUAAACAUUCCACCAUACAAGACUAAUGGGAUUCAACGUAAACGUUUUUCCAGUAUAGGUGAUAAAGAUCACACGGGGUCUUCAGGCUAUGACACCAGUUCAAAGAAAAGUAGGAAUGAGAGUAGUGUUUCACCAGCUUUAAAAUCUUAUAACCCAGUCAUGGAAAAUAGGGUUUCAUCUACUAAUAAUGAUGUAGUCUAUAAGUUUACGGGCUCAAAUCCAGCUGAAGAUUUCGAGGUGAUAUAUACUGUUGAAGAAAGAGUUAAAGCAGCUGCUUUUGCUAUAGUUUAUAACAACUGUAAAAUUAGUACAGAUAAAUUUGAAUCAUUGUAUGACAAGCCAGCACCAGACUUUAAGACAAUUUUUGCUUGGAGGCAAAGACUUCUGGCAACUGGAUGUUUGGUAGAUUCACACUUAGAGAUACCUAAGAAGGAUCCUGAAAGACCUUUUAACAACCAAGUUGUUACACCUACUCCUUGUAAAAACAAGAUAUCCCACAAACUUCCUAAUCCUGAUGAAAUUGCCAUAAUAUCGGACAGUGAUGAGGAUUGUUCUAAAAAUCAAGAGGUCAAUAAUCAGGCUAUCUUUGGUUUAAGGCAAAACAGUGUUAGCACAGAUACUUUACAUAUCAGUGGUAUUGAUAAUGAAACAAGACCCACGGGUGGUUCUGUGAGCACUGUAGAUGAAAGGCUUUCACAAGGCAGAAGUCACUCAGCAUCAACGCAUCAUCGAACAAGAUCCAGUUCCUGUGAUAGUCAAGAUUCCAACUAUCCCGAAUCAGAAUUGGAGCAACUAAAUUCAAAAACUUUAAAUGCAAGAAAGAGCACUUCUGUAAAACCAAAUAAUGCACGGCAGUCAAUUUGUGACUCUGAUUCAGAAUCAAUUUCAUAUAAUAGUGAUGAGGUAGACUUUCGGUCUCGUAUUUUUGGUGAUGGAAGGAAAGUUAAGCGGAAGGUAAAAAAACGUACUAUUCCUUCUAAUGAAGUUAAUUCAUAUAUACCUGUUGAGAAUCAGCCAUUUCAAGGAUAUAGCACUCUAAAAUUAAAAGAACAGUCCCCAUUAGUGACAGGAAACAUUUACUUGUCCAAUUUCCAAAAUAUGAGUGUAAAUCAAAGAACUCAAGAUACACAUACACUGGACACCGAUGGCUACUCCAGUGAAUAUGUGCCUACAAAGCUGGGUGCGAAGGUCAAAAACAAUUACCAGGAUUUUAAAAAUAAUGUAAAGAAAAGAGGAUUUUGGGCGAAGGGUAAUGGAAAUGCAUUUUCAAAUACACCAAAAAAAACCACUAGAGAACAUAAAGAUAUUAUUGUUGAAAAUCCAACUACAAACUACAUAGAUUCCCAAGGAUACGUUGCACAGGUUCCAGGCUUAGAAAGGCGAAUUGAGGACUUUACUAAAGAUGAAAUUGAUAGUUGUGUAAUAGCAGAUCAAUACAUGCCAUUUGAUAAGCCAAUGGAAAUAGUAACAAAUGUUUUGAAAUCAUCUGAAAAUUCGUCUCGCGUUUUUGACAUUGUUCAAUCGAAUACGACUGUAAAAAAUAAAAGUAUCAUGGACAUUUUUGGCAAUAACGAACAUGAACCAGAAAAUCCUGAGAGAAACAAUGAUAUAGCUAAUUUUGACAGUGCCCGAAAAAAGUACGAAACAGAAUGGGAUGAGGAUGAUGACGCUCUUUAUAAAAAUUCUGACUCAAUUGAUGUGUCACUUGAGAGUAUACAUUGUAAGCGUACACCAUCACCGCCUAAUAUUGGAUCAAUACGCUCCGAGAGUCCUAUGACAAAUAUGUUAUAUGGUACAAGUUCAGAUGCGCAAAACACGACGGAAACAAAUAUAGUGAACGAAAAUAUUAUAACAGAUAAACGCGAUAUGUUAUUAGGUUUACUAAAAGACUUGCAAGAAAAUGACGAACAAUUAAUUACUAAUGAUAUGUCCACUACACCCGUAUCUAUAACUUCAGUAUUAAAGAAAAGGGAAUCAAAUGAAAAUUUAAAUAAACCACAAUCUAUUAAACCGAAUUCCAUUAUAAAUAAACCACAAACCAAUCUGAUAGAACGAUGUGAAAUGAAAUGUACCACAGAAAAUAAAGAAUUAUUUUUGUCGCCACCGGCACCUGAAAUAAAGCCUAAAGUAGUAAGUCCAUCGAAAAGAGUACAUGUAUUGGAAUCAAUAACUAUUAGAGCAGAUAACCGAAAAGAUACUUUAAAAUUGAAUCAAAUAUGUGGAGAAAAACAUGAGCCAGUCAAUAGAUCACCAAUGAAACAAAUGAUAGAAAACCCGUCAAAAGGUGCAAUAAAUAAUGACGUUAAUAAAUCUCAAAUGCAACAAAACACUAUGCCUUUUGAUCUUUCAAACAUAUUAUCAAAUAUAAAUACAAAUACACUUCUACUCGCUCUCCAAAAUUUACAACAAAUGUCUCAACGGCCAAGUGAUAAUAUAAAUCAUAAACAAACAGCUAGUUGCCAGCAUAAUGGAAAUCACAUUGAAGAGGGAACAUUAGAAACAAUUAAUUUAACUAAUGAUGAAGAUUGGGAGAAAGAAUCAAAUCAAGAUGAAAGUAUAGAAAGAGAAUUAGAAAAAUUAGAUGGAAACACUGGUGAUACUUCUUUUUUAAGUGAUAUUUUUGAUCCGGGACCAGUUUCACUACCGCCGAAUGUUAACACAAAACUAAACAUUAAUCUUAAAAAUACAAAUGACAUCAAAAAUCAAACGACACAUUUAAAUGAGAAUGCGCCAGUGAUAGGGAAUUUUAAGAGCUUUGCAUUGCCGAAACCCAUUUUGUUAAAUAGAUUGAAAUUGUCAGUCAAACAGCCAGACAAGAAUGCCAAGACUGGUGAAGGGAAAAGAGUCAAACGAAAGAAAAAGACUAAGCCAUCUGGUUCUCAAGAAGGCGAGGCUGGGGAGGAGGACGACGAGGAAGAGUCAGGGGAUGAAGCUGAUCUCUCUAAGUAUGAUCUAUGGGGCAGCGAUGGGGAACAGGGCAACUCUUCCAAAAUGGCUAAUGACGAUAAACAGAAAGACAAUGAAAGCCCUAAAGACGAUAGCUCUAAUACUAUAGACAAAAAUGGAAGAACAGAAACAAAAAGUAAAAAAAGAUCGAGAAGUUCGUCAUCAUCAUCCACUUCUUCAUCGAGUUCCAGUUCUAGUCACAGUUCCUCGCAAACGCCCAAAAACAAAUUCGAUGAUUUUAACUUAAACAGUGAGCGGGAAUCGCAGCACGGGUCGCCGAGAGGCCGUAAGUCGCGCUCGAGGUCGCGAUCGCCACGAUCUCGCUCAGCGAGCAUCCCCUCCCGACGGAAGUCGCGAGACAGCAGGUCCGGUGGAGAAACCAGUAGGAGUCAUGACACAUCCCGCGAGAAGGAGAGAUCUCGCGAUCAUGACCGACGGGACAAGUCCCGAGGUUCCCGUGAGCGCAAGGAGCGUCGAUACAGCCGGGAUGGGGCUAGUAAUCACUACAGUGCUAGAGGAAGACAUCGCUAAAUCACACACACUUAAAAAAUUACCAACUCGUCCUCGUCGUGAUACCUCUUGAAGUGUUUUGGACUUUAAACUAAUGGUUGCUGGAUUAACUAUUUAUCAAAAUUUAUAUUAUUUGAAACCUGCUACGUAGUAAGCGUAUAGAGUUGUUUCUUUACAUAUAGCGGCAAAAUUGUUCUACGCAUUUUUUCUGUAACUAUUAUUCUAGUAAGAGAAAUGUAAUAGUUGUUAAAGUUCAUAGUAAUUCAUACAUAUUAUGAAUUAAUGUUGGUUUUUAUAAUUGGAAAUUGAUCAAGAUUACGUUGGUAAUUUGUAAAGAUGAUUAAAUAAUAAUAUCAACCGCACAUCCCUCUAGAUGUAAAAAGCUCGGACUUUAUAUAGCAUUUAUGAUUCGAUACAGUUGAAAUGUUUCAAUCAGUAACUCGAAGGUGUCAACUUGUGAUCUUUGUUUUUUUUUUUUCGAUUUGUAAAUAUUAGAUAUCGUAAUGGCUUUGCUGUAAAUUAGACCUAAGCAAAUUCCAUAUUUUCCAUUAAGAAAUACACUUGGAUAUUGGAAAAUAUUUCCGUUAUGACUUAGUGACUAUGUAACUAUCGAUAUUUUAUAAGAAUAUGUGGUAAUUGAUUUACCAAUAAACACGAAAUGACUUU